GAGGAGAGAGAGAGAGAGACUGUGGAAGAGAGAGACUGUUAGCGUUUAUGAUUAAUGACUUCGCUUUGAAUCUCAUGUAAUAGCUUUAUGAUUAAACAUUUCGAGGUGAAGUGCACCUGUUCCUUGUAAAUCAAUUUAGAGCUGAUUACGUAAUUAUCUGACAACAACAUCGUUAUUAAUCACUGUGCAAGGUCCAUCUUGUCAAUGUCACAAGCGCAACAUUUAAGACACAUUGUUCUAAAUUAUGGAAGACAGCUUAGGCUAAUCAAUUUUCAUUUGAUUCCGGUUUGCAGUAGUGGCCAGUACAAACAUAAAAAUACUUCCUUCGAGUCAUGUAGCCUUGUACAUUAUCGUAAAUGACUCACAAAUAACUUCACUGUGUCCUUUUUCGAAUGGAUGACAGCUUAUCUUUUGCUUGUUCAGCCUGCAAACGUGUGUGAAGCCUAUGUUUUUGUGCGCGUAUUUCAAUGCGCACGACGUCUUUGCAGUGCUUCUAGGCACCGCUCAAGAGCGCAUGAGAGUGGUGCUUCAUUCUUUAUGACUCGGUGCUCCUUUUCCCUCUCAUCUCCCCAACAGGUGGACUAGCUUGUACGAAGAAAAGACGGACUUAUCUUUAUUGACCACUCUAUAUGCUACUACGCGUUCCUUUCCCGCUGCAACCUCUCCGCAUUUUCACUGCUCAAGAGUCAACCUUUUAGUUGCCGUCAUACGUAGUUUUGGAAUGCCUUCUACCAAAUGAUGAAGACGUAGACAACUGCUCAUAAUUGAGUUUCCAUCUGAUAAAGUCAGUUAGUGUAUUCGGUGUAUUUACUAACUGACAUCAAAUUAUGUGAGCUGCUUUUUGAACAUCACGUUUUGGAUUUCCAUUUGUACAUAUAGACUAAACGUAAAAUUUUGUAAAAAUAGCGGUUUCCCCCCAAUGUUUUAAUGUUUUUACUCGACAUAUAACGUUACUUAGAAUAGCCUACUUUUGGAGAAUCUGUUAAGUUCUCCUCGCGCCGAUAUUUUAAGGAAAGUCAACCGUCUUUAGAAUCAAUGUUGCCAAUUUCCAACAGACAAAUCAACAAUCACAAGCCUGAGUAAGAUGGCCUAGGGCGGCGGCGGCAACAGUAACCAGAAGGAAGCAGAAGGAAAGCAGAGGGAACCAUGUCACAGCUGUACUACCGGCGGACCGACAGCUCCUCGUACCGCGACCGGAUCCCGCUAAGGAUCGUGCGGUCUGAGUCGGAGCUGUCUCCGCUGGAGAAGACCUACCUGGGAGCGGUGGAGAAGGGGGACUACGCCAGCGUCAAGCAGGCCCUGGAGGAGGCGGAGAUCUACUUCAAGAUCAACAUCAACUGCAUCGACCCGCUGGGGCGCACGGCCCUGCUGAUCGCCAUCGAGAACGAGAACCUGGAGAUCAUCGAGCUGCUGCUCGGCUUCAACGUGUACGUGGGCGACGCCCUGCUGCACGCCAUCCGCAAGGAGGUGGUGGGCGCCGUGGAGCUGCUCCUCAACCACAAGAAGCCCAGCGGCGGGAUGCAGGUUCCUCCCAUCCUAUUGGACAAGCAGUUCUCCGACUUCACCCCGGACAUCACGCCCAUCAUCCUGGCGGCCCACACCAACAACUACGAGAUCAUCAAGCUGCUGGUGCAGAAGGGCGUGUCCGUGCCACAACCUCACGAGGUGAGGUGUAACUGCGUGGAGUGUGUGUCCAACUCGGACGUGGACAGCCUCCGCCACUCCCGCUCUCGCCUCAACAUCUACCGGGCGCUCUCCAGCCCCUCGCUCAUCGCCCUGUCCAGCGAGGACCCCUUCCUCACCGCCUUCCGCCUCAGCUGGGAGCUGGAGGAGCUCAGCAAGGUUGAGAACGAGUUCAAGUCGGAGUACGAGGAGCUGUCCCAGCAGUGCAAGCAGUUUGCCAAGGACCUGCUGGACCAGACGAGGAGCUCCCGGGAGCUGGAGAUGAUCCUCAACUUCCGCGACGACACCAACCUGCUGGAGGACGAGAGCACCAGCGACCUGGCUCGCCUCAAACUGGCCAUCAAGUACCACCAGAAGGAGUUUGUCGCUCAGCCGAACUGUCAGCAGCUGCUGGCCUCCCGCUGGUACGACGAGUUCCCCGGCUGGCGGAGGCGCCACUGGGUGGGCAAGUUCCUCACCUGCGUGUUCAUCGGCCUCCUGUUCCCCGUCUUCUCCCUCUGCUACCUCCUGGUGCCCAAGAGCCGCUCGGGCCUGUUCAUCCGCAAGCCCUUCAUCAAGUUCAUCUGCCACACAGCCUCCUACCUCACCUUCCUCUUCCUCCUCCUCCUCGCCUCCCAGCACAUCGUCAAAACCGAACCGGAGAGACAGGGCCCCACCCCCACCGCCGUGGAGUGGAUGAUCCUGCCCUGGGUGCUGGGCUUCAUCUGGACUGAGAUCAAGCAGAUGUGGGAUGGAGGGUUUCAGGACUACAUCCACGACUGGUGGAACCUCAUGGACUUUGUCAUGAACUCUCUCUACCUGGCAACCAUCUCCCUCAAGAUCAUUGCUUACACCAAGUACAGCGACACGAAGCCCAGGUGCAGUUGGGAGAUGUGGCACCCCACCCUGGUAGCGGAGGCCGUGUUUGCCAUCGCCAACAUCUUCAGCUCCCUGCGGCUCAUCUCCCUGUUCACGGCCAACUCUCACCUGGGGCCCCUGCAGAUCUCCCUGGGACGCAUGCUGCUGGACAUCCUCAAGUUCCUCUUCAUCUACUGUCUGGUCCUGCUGGCCUUUGCCAACGGUCUGAACCAGCUCUACUUUUACUACGAAACCAACGCCGAAGACGAACCCAAACACUGCAAAGGCAUCCGCUGCGAAAAGCAGAACAAUGCCUUCUCUACGUUGUUUGAGACCCUCCAGUCUCUGUUCUGGUCCAUCUUCGGACUGAUCAGUCUCUACGUGACCAACGUCAACGCGGACCACCAGUUCACGGAGUUUGUGGGUGCGACCAUGUUCGGAACCUACAACAUCAUCUCUCUGGUGGUGCUGCUGAACAUGUUGAUAGCCAUGAUGAACAACUCCUACCAGCACAUUGCUGACCAUGCAGACAUCGAGUGGAAGUUUGCCCGGACCAAGCUGUGGAUGAGUUACUUUGAGGAGGGGGGCACCCUCCCCUCUCCCUUCAACAUCGUCCCCAGUCCCAAGUCAGUGUGGUACCUCAUCCGCUGGGUCAACAAGCAGGUGUGCAAGAGGACCGGCUCCAAAAUGCCUGAAACCUUCGGGACCCUGGGGAGACGCGCGGCAGACAAUGUGAGAUUAAAUCACCAGUAUCAGGAGGUCCUGAGGAACCUGGUGAAGCGCUACGUGGCAGCCAUGAUCCGCGACGCCAAGACAGAGGAGGGCCUCACCGAGGAGAACUUCAAGGAGCUGAAGCAGGACAUCUCCAGCUUCCGCUACGAGGUCCUGGGCAUGAUGAAGGGGGGCAAGCCCGGGCUGCCUGCGGCCGCCGGGGGCGCCGUCGGAGGAGGCGCGGGGGGGUCCAGCCUGGCCUACCCCGACCGGCCCCUCAAGGUGUCUCCGUCGCCCCCCGCCGGCCCGGUCAAGAGCAAGCGCAACCUCCUCAGCGUGACGGCCACCAUCCUCCAGCAGGGCGCCUCCCCCGGGGCCUCCUCCUCGCCCAGGUCCCCCGAGGCCUCCGGCGGGCUGGGGAACGGCGCGGCCCCCCUGCUCUCGGACGGGGCCUCCGCGGACAGGGCCGGCCAGAAGAAGGACUUCCCCAAGGCCGUCGGCGAUUUCGGGCUGUUUCAGAGGCGCCACCGGGGCGGGGCCGGGGGCGGCAACCCCGCCAACAUGGCCUCUUUGUCGGAGGAGACGGGGGAGUCGGAUGUGGACGAGCCGGGGCGGGAGGGGGAGGCGGGGGGCGAGGCAGGGGGCGAGGCAGCGGGCGAGGCAGGGGGCGAGGAGGAAGCCAAGGGGCUGCUGGGCGGAGGAAAGGAGGGAGGAGGGGAGGACAGAGGAUGGAAAGGCACCGACGCGACGGAGGUGGCGAGGGAGGGGGAGGGGGAGGAGCGGGAGGAUUUUCUCCAGCAGGAGGUGGCAGGUGCUGAUGCGGGUACAGCAGGGGCGGGGGGGACAUAG